AUGACUCAUGUGACGUGUUACCUGCGUAAUGACUCCCCCUUCUCUCUCUCUCUCUCUCUCUCUCUCUCUCUCUCUCUCUCAAUCCCUCCUUGGCUCUUUUCUUCUCGUCUCGACCUGGAGCACAGUUUGAGAAAGACGGUCAGAUUAUGGCACAGAUUACAAAUUGCUAUUGUGUUUUUAUUUUCUUUAUGUUAAAGAUUUUAGGCCCUCCUCUGUUUUAUUAGUUCUGAGUAAACAAAUAGCUGUUUACCCAACAUAGCUGCGACACAGCUUUUCUCUUUUUGCAUAAUUUCUCUACGCCAUUUCCCAAAUGCGGUAUCUGGGGAACUCACUAUUUUUGGAACGCUGGUUAAGCUACACUGGGUUCUUCUCAGACCACACACAGUGCAUGCCUAGGGCAUUGCAUUUCUGCCCAUGCUUUGCUGGCUGUACUCGCCGUUUUUAUUUAUUUAUUUAUUUUGGCAUUUAAUCACUGCACACAUCAUUUCUGACAGCACUGUCCUCCUAUGCCAGUUUUGAUAGUUCAGUGUACACAAUAGAAAUCUAUUUUCUAUGGGAAAUUUGCCAAUUAGUUUAAAGCACAAAGGUGGUAUAACGGAACCAAGUUAAAUGCAUGGAUGUACAAUAACAGUAGCAUAGGCCAUUUUUAUUUAACACUUUGCAUAUGUAUUCCAUUCCUAUCCACCUGCACCCCUCUCCAUCCCACCUUCUAGGCCGCAUGGCCCUCCCAGACCGCAUCCCCCUCCCUCUUUUAUAGGAGAAUAAAAAAUCACAUCCCCAGUAUUAACAUUCGCACUGACACCUUCCUUUGCCAAUUUCGUUCAUCUCAUACCAGUUUCAUCCCUCCCAAUGUUGGAAAGUAUAACUUUAUUGGUGAGCUAUGAAUUUUAAGUGUCUAUAAAUAUCUCCUUUCAAAAUGUAAUGGGUUCAGAGUGUUCUGCAUCAUUAAAUUAAAAGUUAUUUCUUUAUUCAACUGUUGGGCAAAGCUGCUUGGAAAAUUGUGAUCAUUUAACACCUUAUCUGUUCUAAGUUGUGAACUUGUUCAAAAUAGAGUCUGAACAUCUGAUCUCCACACAGUCAGAUAAAAAUCGGGGAGUAAAGUCAAGAUAUGAACACAGGCCAAAUCUUUGUUUUUUUUUCAUACCUUGUUUUCAUUUUUCUUUUAGGAAAAGACCAUGUUUGCCGAUUUAUAGGAUGUGGGAGGAAUGACCGGUUUAACUAUGUUGUUAUGCAGCUACAGGUUAGUGUUAUCAAAAUGAAGGAAAUAUUGUGUUUUCAAGGUCUUUUCAUUUGCGACAUUGUAAAACGCAAGGUGACUUCCGUCCGACCUUCACCUAGACUGCAUUGUAUCAAAUAAAAUUACAACGGUGAGGUUGCCCAAAGCUAGCUUCCCUUUGACUAAAAGGCAUGUACACUCGUGAAGAAAUACUUCCUUAUUGGUAACAUUUCUAAGUCUGCACAUAUUGAUUCUAGAAGUGGCUAGGAAUUUUAGAAAGUUGGUCUCACAAGAAUAACCCAGCAUCGUAGACAGUGCCAGGCAAUGGACACUUUCAUUGUGGGAAAAACAAGACAUUUCAUCGAAAAUGUCAUCAUAUUACUCUAUAUGAAUAGGAAUAACACUCCAAGACUUUAAAAAAACACUCCGAGACUUUAAAAAAACUAACAAAAAACCAGAUGUUGUUCCUUCGUGAAAUUACCAAUGAUGAAUCUCCUAAGACUCAGUUAAAAUAUGUACCUGCAGCAUAAACACUGAAUUACUAUUAUUUACCUGUAAAAUCCUACUCUGAGUUUUGACCCACUCUAUAUAGGCCACACAUAUUUCACAAAGUUUUUGUUUAUUUUUUUAUAAACCUUUGUUGUAUUUGCAAUUAUUUUUCCCCCCACUUAUAUAGCGAUAACUUUUUCCGCAGCACUUUACAAUAUUACAAAAGGGGGAAAUUUAACAAUAAAUGAGAUAAUUACAAAAUGUUACAGGAACAAUAGGUGAUGACCCUGCUCAAACAAUCUUAGUCUAGGGGCAAUUUUUUGAUUUCCAUGAGAGCCGACUUUUUUUGUGUAUUUUUUGAAGAUCAAAAGGUUAAACAAUAAAGACAUCCUUCUUUGCUCAUAUUCACCAAGAGUGCCAAUAUUAUAGGAGGUCACUGUAUAUAUCGAGAGAUAUGAAAAGUUAUAAGCAUUUUUUUCAACAGAAAUUCUAAAUAUACAGCCAUUUUGGGCAUAGGAAUCUUAAACGUAUGCGAUAAAUGUUAAGUGCUGUAGUAAUUUAAGGCAAGAUUAUAACCAGUAUGACUCUAUAAUCAUGAUGGCAAAACAAAUGCUGUUUUUGUUUUGUUAGGGACGCAAUUUGGCAGAUCUGCGCCGCAGCCAAUCACGAGGUACUUUCUCAAUCAGCACCAUGCUGAGGCUUGGCCGACAAAUCCUGGAGUCGAUUGAGAGCAUUCAUUCAGUGGGAUUUCUACACCGAGAUAUUAAACCGGUGAGUAAAAAGGGGACAUUUAUGGAACAGCGAUUCUUUUAUUUGCAAACGUGAUGAUGUUUUCCAUUGUAAGCUUUUUAUCUAUGUAUUUACGUAUGACCGGUAUUAUUACUGCUGCGAGACAUCUUGUGUUAGAGUGCUAUUUGGUACCAUUUAAAUGUACAGUAAUGUACUCUAAAAAGCAUCACAUGUCAAAAUGUGUAACUUUUAACUCCUUAGUGAGGUUUUAUAUUUCCCUUUUUUUUCUUUUCUUUAUUUCUUCUACUUUCUUUCUUUUUUUCUUUUUUUUCUGUCUAUGAUUUUUCUGGUAACCAUUCAAAAGUUUUCAAAUUAAAAUCUCAAUUUUUUCCCCCCCUCUUCCAGUCCAACUUUGCUAUGGGACGUUUCCCAAGCACCUGCCGGAAGUGCUUUAUGCUGGAUUUUGGGCUGGCGCGUCAGUUUACAAACUCAUGUGGAGACGUACGACCGGUAAGUUAAUGGAAUUUUAACAUUACAGUAGCACCGUCACUGUUGUAUCGAUUUACUUUCAAUUAUUAUUUAUUAAUUAAAAGAAAAAUGGAAAAAGUGUAGAGCAAAAAUAAGGUUCAGUUUCCAUCGCAAAGCUUUUUUUACCCACAGUCCAUCACUCAAAAGUAAUUAAUUGACUUAUUUACUUAUACUGUCCUGGUUGUCCUCUUGUGCGGUUUGGCUCCAUCUUCAGAAAAAAUUAUUGGUGAUGUGUUCUGAUCUCUGUGUGAAGUCACACACUCAUAGAGGAGCAUCGUAAAUGGGAUGAUUCAAAUUUGAGGUUGCCCUGAUAUUGAGAUCUCAAUAAAGAAAACCUAAUGACUAUAAAUCAAAGCAUGUGGCAAAGAGGGGUGUAUAAUAGCUAAAAUACAAAGGGCAUAUGUAAGGGAAAACCCAGAAGGACAAAAAUGACCAUACCGUUAGACCAUAAAAUGGAAAACCUAUUGGACUGUAACUCAUGGAACAGCCCUUCCCAUCUUUUAUAGCAAUUGCCCUAAACCAGCUGUGAUGACUAUCCUUUGGCUAGCCAUGCCUGUUACUGAUUGUACAAAUUCACGUAUGGUGUGGCCCCGCUACACAAGAGUUAAUUCACUUGUGUAGCCUCCCAACAAGAUGAGAACACAAAGAAAUGCUGGGAUACAUAAUGAUUUGAGUUCUUACCCUGUGUUGUUUGGUGGUCCUUCCCUUGAUUGGAGUUUUAAUUGGGCAGGCAAACUGAAUGUCUGAUGGGAGAGAAAAAGUGGGCCGAUUUACAAGGACCACAUAAAGGCAGCCGAAUGAUUUCAAAUUCAAGCUGUAAUAAUUACUAAAGAAUAUAAAUUCGCUCCGUGGUAGCCUUGGUAUCCUGCAGAGUAAGACCGCAAACCAUCAGAAAAGUCAACCAGUGCUAAUGCAGUAGCUCUGCCAGACAACUCAGACCUAGGAUAGGCAAACUCCAGAUGUUGUGGACUACAUCUCCCAUAAUGCUCUUACCGUCAUAACAAAUCAGGUGAGAUGUAGUCCAUAACAUCUGGAGUGUCAAAAGUUGCCUAUCCCUUGCCUUGAGUAACAAUGUUUUUUGUGUGUUUGUGCAUUUUAAAAAAUUUAUUAUUUUGGUUUUUUUAUUUCCUCAAGUUUGCACCUAACGCUUUAUCUCCAAAAUGAAUCCUAAAGAAAAGCACUAAUACAGGCAGCCCAAAAGAUAGAAUUCCAGAUGCCUGAUUGACAGCCUGGGAGGGUGGAGCUACAGGUAGAAAAAAUAUGUACACAGGUUUCUCAAAAACUAGACCUAUUUCAAACACAACGCUGCAGGGACAGGGUCAUUGCACCAUUAUCUCUUCAGGAAGCUGAAGUAAUUUUGCAGCUUAGACUGACCCUUUAGAUACGAAUAUUAAUCUCCAGCUGCUUAACAUACUGUCAUGUUUGUUAAAUGGUAGGUGCAGAUAUUUAAAGUAUUUUUUUCUGUAGAGGCUUAACAAGUGUGAUUUUUAGAAAAAGCACUUUAAAAGAAGUAUGAAGAAACACAAGAAAGAUUCUGUUGCACAGGACUACCUGCAUGUCAACUACGCGUUCCAAUUGCAGACCGAUGUAAGCACACAAUUCUGUUAUUAACCCAGGCUGUCAUAAGGGGAGGAGAGGGAGGAUAAUAGAACACAGAUACAUAGAUCAGCAGACACACAUUUGUUGUUUUAUGUCUGUAUGUAUAAGUGAGUGACCGGCUAGCUGUGUAUACAUGUCUGUGUGGGAGUCAUUUUCUUAUUGUGUGUGUGAGUGCUUGAUAUUGUAUGAUUUUGUGUGUGUGCUUGUUAUUGUAUGAUUUUGUGUGUGUGUGCGCUUGAUAUUGUAUGAUUUUGUGUGUGCGAUUGAUAAUGUAUGAUUUUGUGUGUGCGCUUGAUAUUGUAUGAUUUUGUGUGUGCGCUUGAUAUUGUAUGAUUUUGUGUGUGUGCUUGUUAUUGUAUGAUUUUGUGUGUGUGCGCUUGAUAUUGUAUGAUUUUGUGUGUGCGAUUGAUAAUGUAUGAUUUUGUGUGUGCGCUUGAUAUUGUAUGAUUUUGUGUGUGUGUGUGUGUGUGUGCCUGAUAUUGUAUGAUUCUGUGUGUGUGCCUAAUAUUGUAUGAUUCUGUGUGUGUGCCUGAUAUUGUAUGAUUCUGUGUGUGUGCCUGAUAUUGUAUGAUUCUGUGUGUGUGCCUGAUAUUGUAUGAUUCUGUGUGUGCCUGAUAUUGUAUGAUUCUGUGUGUGUGUGAUGAUAUUGUAUGAUUUUGUGUGUGAUGUCGUGAUUCUGUGUGUGUGUGUGUGUGUGCCUGAUAUUGUAUGAUUCUGUGUGUGUGUGUGUGUGUGCCUGAUAUUGUAUGAUUCUGUGUGUGAGUGUGUGUGUGUGCCUGAUAUUGUAUGAUUCUGUGUGUGAGUGUGUGUGUGUGCCUGAUAUUGUAUGAUUCUGUGUGUGUGCGCGCUUGAUAUUGUAUGAUUCUGUGUGUGUGUGUGUGUGUGUGUGCCUGAUAUUGUAUGAUUCUGUGUGUGUGUGUGUGAGCGCUUGAUAUUGUGUGAUUCUGUGUGUCUACUGCUAACAGAAUGUUAGCUUACGUCUAACUCCUAAUGUCAAGGUAAAGUUAAGGGAUUGUAGCAGAGCAAUUGUGAUACAAAACACCUUAUCAGGGCUAUAUAUUAAAGUGAGAAUUGUUGUGAAUUUCACAUUUAAGGCCAACGGUCAGUAUAGAUAAUUUUGCUUUUUUACAUGUAAUAUUGACAUUGAAUUCCUGACAGUUCUCCAUCCAGUUAAUACCCCUGCUUGUGUUGAAUUAAUUUAAUAAAUGAAUGUUUUGUAGUGACCAUGGUUGUUGCUUAGAAGUAUCUGAUCUGUCCCAAAUUUCAAGCAAUCUAUGCAGCCACUCAAUCCUCCAGAGAAAAUUAUCUGACCACGGGGCUAAUGCUUAGUUGCAUUGAAGGCAAAUGAUUACCCGUUGGUUAAAGUACGUUUUAUAAAGAAAUCAUAACUAAUACGUGGAGGACAGGAAAGGAAAAACAUAUUUAGAUAAACAAGCCUCCUUUUUGUCAGAAAGCAUGCUGAUGUCUUCUUGUUGAAUCUAAUUUGUGGGCGAGAAGUGCGUGCCUGGGCAGAAAGCCACACUCCUCCAAUCAUAUUCUCUCUAUGAGAAGCAUUGAUUGAAGAACUAUCUGACUCCGUUAUUGCAGUGGAAGCACCCUCUAGUGGUUGCCAGAAAAACAGCAACUAGUGGUGUUUCUAGCCCUGCAGUGAAAACAUUGCUAUAUCUUACAUUGCAGGACUAAAACUACUUGAGCACUGCACCCCGACCACUUCAUUGAGAUGAAUUGGUCUUUGAAAUAUUUCUGUUAAAAUGACAGCUGCACAGAGAUAGCAGAAUAUGAUGGCUGUGUUUGUAUCUCUGUGAAAUGUUUUCCUUUUUGAAUCUUGUUGCCGUGUAGACGGCACUGGCCUUAUUCUAACCAUGUUAAUCUUAUUUGAAGAGAGAAUGAUUUGAUUUGUUGCAGAACAGAUUUGCAUCAGAUGCUGUUAUAAAUGUAACUGGAUUUGCAUUCAUGCACCUGGCUGCAAGCUGCUGGCUGGUUAAUGACCUUCAAAUCAAAUUGAGGCAAUGUUUUGGGAACAAUAUGGGCAUGCAAAGCUCCGUCACUAAUUAAACUGAGAAAAUGUGAACUUGGCAAAUGAAUCUAGGUUUUUAGUUUAAUUUGUAGUUAGUUGGAAGUCAAGAUGCUCUCAUGUUGGGUGCAGUGUUUUUGUUACACACCUGAAUUGUACCUGUUUCCAUUUUAACUACGGCAGCUACACAAUCUGCCAUCCAGUACUGUAACUUCCACAAAUCUCAGGCAGCAAUGGGACAUGUGUCCCACUGUUGCCCAUACAGUUAAUUCAUCCUAAAACCUAAGCUACCUUAAGACACUACAAUACACAUUAACCCCUACAUAUAUUAACUCUACAUUAUCACUACACAUACACAUAUACUUUUCACGAACACUAUACAUUAACCCUCUACAGUACCCCGACAUUAAAGGGACACUAUUGUUACCAGCACAACUACAGCUUAUUGAAUUUGUUCUGGUGAGUAGAAUCAUUACCCUCAGGUUUUUUGCUGUAAACACUGUCUUUUCAGAGAAAAUGCAGUGUUUACAUUACAACCUAGUGAUAACUUCACUGGCCACUCCUCAGAUAGCUGUUAGAGAUCCUUCCUGGGCCAUGGCUGCCUAAAAUGCAUCCAAACAUUCAGUAUCUCCUCCCUCUGCAUGCAGACACUGAACUUUCCUCAUAGAGAUUCAUUGAUUCAAUUCAUCUCUAUGAGGAGAUGCUGAUUGGCCAUGGCUGUGUUUGAAUUGUGCUGGCUCUGCCCCUGAUCUGCCUCUUUGUCAGUCUCAGUGGGGAAGCAUUGUGAUAAGAUCAGGCUACCACUUCUGUCAGCAGGCAGUGGGCAGGUCAAACUAAAGAGUGACAAAGUAAGCAGCUGCAGACUCGAAUACAAGUAAGAUUUUACUAUAUUUAGGGAGGCUUGAGGGGGACAGGGUGACUAGAUGGUGGUUUUAACCCUAUAGGGUCAGGAAUACAUGUUUGUGUUCCUGACCCUAUAGUGCUCCUUUAACUGUUAGCCCCCUACAGUACAUCAACGUUUAAAGGACCACUAUAGGCACCCAGACCACUUCAUCUCAUUGAAAUGGUCUGGCUUUAGUGCCUGUGUCCCCUUUAACCUGCAAUGUUAAGACAGCCUCUCCUGGUGCUAGGUAGCCACUAGAGGCGUUACAUCGAUUCACAUUGAUUCAGUGUAACAAUGCUGGGUGUCCUCACGUUUUGCAUGAAGACGCCCAGCAUCUUGAAUGUCCCCAUAAGAAAGUUUUAUUGCUUUCCUUUGGGGAAGGCCUAAUGCUUGCGAUGUGCUCACCGCACUUGGGCAUUAGGUUCUCCUAUCGCCGUGACAUCUCGGGAGGAGAAGAACAAGCCAGCACCAAGGAACAGAAGACACUAGAUUUUUAUUCCUAGUGCUCAUUUAAAGGGACACUCCAAACCCAUAGAGCAUUCCAGCUUGCUGUGUAGAGUGUGUACUCUUUUUUUUCUCUUAAUUUUCUUUUUUUUUUCUGCUAUAUUACAAAAGGUACAGAUUACAAUAAAAAUAAAUUAACCUUGUUAAGUCCCCUUUGCUGUCAAUGAAACAACUGAUCCUGUUAUUCCCUAGUUAGUUUGGCUCAGUGGAGAUGAACUCAAGAGGCAGCAAUUGCCCAGAGCAUCUGCUUUGCAAAGACUUCUUGACCUGCAUUGGAAGUCUGUGAUUGGACAGCCACAGGAAGUCUGGGCGAGGUUUGAAGGGGAGGGUUUGCAAGGCAGCAGACAAGAAAACUGCAGGUUUUGCAAAAUGUUUGAUAUAAACACCUAAUGAAAAAAUGCAUAAAGAAAUGUUUUCAUUUAGAUAUAUAUUGAACAGUGAUUUUUUUUUUUUGUGUGUGUGCAUUUGGGCAAUGGAGGGUCCGUUUAAAACUAACCAAAUUUUAAGGAACACUCCAAGCACCAUACCCACUACAACUCGUAUUAAAGAUACAUAGUGGUAAAACAUGUAUUAGGGACAAUAACGAUGUCUGUGUACAAAUAUUGAUAUUUGUUUUAUUAGUUUAGAGGGCAGUCGUUUAACCAGUAAGGCUAUUUUGUGCUUUCCCCUGGAUGAAGACUCACAAAAUUGUUUGAUUUCUUUGCACCAAAUGUCAUUGUGUUCUCUUGAUUCAAUAAAGUGUUUACUUGCUCUAACAGUAGAAUUAAUCUCUUUUGACAGCAGCUAACAUAGACUAUCUGGACAUCAUCUGGAUGGGUGGCUGUGUGUUUAGAAUUUCAGUAUUUGUGAUCUGCAAUUGCAGCUAUCACUAAACGACUGCAGAUGUCUUCAUCUGAUCUGCACGUUUCAGCUCUUUAUUCCACUCUCUCUCUCUUGCUGAUGUAAUCAAUAAAUGCAAUGCCAUUUGGUGUGUGUUAAUUCAUCUCCCGUCAGUUUGGUUUCUAUAGUAUAAACACAUAUAUUUGUGUUGCAGUGUGGAAUUGGUCCCUAGCUAUCUAUUUUGUUAAGGGCAGAGCCAUAAAUGUAAAUAAUCAGAAAUAAAUACAAACUUUGUUUCUCCCUGUGUGUAAUUUAAACAUACACAGUGCUUUGUCUCCUUAAAGCGAAAUUGUCACGUCUGUUAAAAGGACAAUUCUUCAUUCCCUAACACGACUAAAAACAUUUAUUCGAUUAAGCAGUGCAAAAAGAUCACCAAAAAAAUAAAGUCCAAACAUAACAAAUUAUCUUAUCUCUGCUUCACUUUUCUAUUUAGAUUUUCACAAAAACAAUUGUGUUGUAAGAUGUAUCUAAAUUUAGGUUGGCACAUAAAAUACUCUGUGUUCUGCUCUUCAUUUUGAUAUUCUUUUAAUUAAUUUUAUCAAAUAAUGUACAAAGCACCUGCAACCUCUCGGUUCCUUGGGUAGUGAGAGCCCGCGAGUUGUAACAUAUGGGAUAACACCCGUACCACUGGAAUAGGUAGAAACACCCAUAAUGCAUUGCUUGAGUAUGCUGCCCGUGCUCUAGUCCCGCUUGUAGAAUCCUCUGUUGUGUAUCUGCCUAAAUCGUGGGCUUGUUUAGCUUAUACAGAAGUUCGAAUAUAAGUGUAAGUUGAGGAUGUGCAUUCAAUGGAGGGACACCUGGUCCCUCUGAUAAAUCUUAUAUGGCUCAGAGGUUGACUACCGAAUGCAUAGUGUUGGCAAUGUUCUCCUGCCAGGCAGCAUGCUUAGUCCACUACUUUUCCAGGUUGUCCAAUGAAUCCUCCUAAUGAAGUUCCCUUAGAUUGAUGCUCAUUGCGCAUGGCUAAGCGGAGUCCUUGAUAGGGUAUAUACUCUCUGUUGAAGGUGCCCAGUGGCACUUCAGGCAAGUGCCAAGUUCUGUGUUCACUAUGUACACUUGGUCAACGCUUAGGGUAUGAAGGAGUGAGAUAGGAACCUGGAUCAGUUUUUAAAACCACCAACUGGCACCCCACCAUUUUCUUUACCCACCAGUUCUCAUGGCUUUGGUACAAAAGGAUUGUGAUGAACCAGGGAUUGCCCUGAUUCUUUAACCAAAACUUGCUCUCCUGGAUGAAACCCUGAUUGUUUGUGACACUGUCACUAAGCUAGCUAACUUGACCAAGCAGAUUUCUAUUCCUUUGGAGGACAGUGUAUCGUUCGAAGACCCCAUAGACAGGAAACUGGGUGAGUUCCCUAAGGUCUCUCUCUUCAGGUCUAAAGUGUGCUUUUUAGCCAUAUCUGUUUGGCCAACUUGUCAAGGGUAAUAUUCUUUUUGAAUGAUUCAGUCCUCAUCAGAGUGAACGAAGAGCAAUUCUUUUUCUUUUUAUUUGUUUCAUUGGUUUUUUUUUUUUUUCCAUUUAAAGCAGAUUUCUUUCAAUAAAAUGCUUUUGGAGGAAAAAUCUAAUUAAAGAGAGUUUUCUAUUUAAGUUGCCUUCUAAUCCAACGAUUAUUCCACAUUGAAAUAGGUAUUAUCGGUAGUUAUGUAGCACAGUAUUGUAUAUUCAUGCAAUAUUUACAUUUUUGUUAAAUAAAUUCCAUUAAUCCAAAUAUCUUAAAUCUGUGUGCAGAGACAACAUGCUCCUUUUUCACAGCUAAAAUUUUAUACAAUAAGCAUUUAAAAGUCAAUAAAAAGCACAACAUUGCGAAUAGAUGAGAAAUACUGAAUAAAACAAUUUGAGUUUUUAAUUUAUUUUUGUUUGUUUUUUGCUGUUUAUUACUGUUGGUGUCUUUUAAUUAUCCUCUAAUUAUAAGUUGCAUAUUUUCCUAUAAACACAGAGCCCAAAACGUUGAAACUUAGAUUAACUGACCUGGAUAAUUUUUUUGUCUUCUAGCCACGAGCUGUUGCUGGAUUUCGGGGGACAGUACGUUAUGCCUCUGUGAACGCUCACAGAAACCGGGUGAGUGAGAUUCAGUGCGUGGCAAUUGUCUUACAGUGCUACAAAGGAAUAGCACACAAUCAACGUUGAUAUUGGGCUUUGGCCUUUUUUUGGUAGCCUUUUGUCUUAUUCACUAAAUCUUGAGCUGGCCCAAAUAAUUAAUCUUAGCUUAUUGGCUGUGGGAGUGUCCGCUGAUUUCUCUCAGCCAAUUAGUUAAGCCCUGCACAACUGGGCUUAGCUCAGACAGAGCAAGAAGUUCUCUAUCUGACGUAGUGGAGGCGUACCCCAGGUAAGAAUUCCGGUGCAAGGAAAUACUGGUCACCUUAAUCACUACAGUGCACUGUGGUGGUUAUGGUGCAAGGAGUGCCCCUUUCAAAUAAAGUUUUUUGAAUAUUUUCAUUUCAGAAUGUCAUUGGGCAUAAGGAAUUAAGUUAUAAGGUUUCAUGUGUCUUUAAACAGAGUGUAUGCUUUCAGUGUGUUGGAGGUGGUCCCACCACCUGGUUGUAGAGUAGAAAAUGUCCAAUGUCCUAAUGGUCCAGUUCUACCUAACCCUAAUUGUUUUCUUUUCACAGGAAAUGGGUAGACAUGAUGACCUGUGGUCUCUAUUUUACAUGCUGGUGGAGUUUGUAGUUGGUCAGCUCCCAUGGAGAAAGAUAAAGGACAAGGUAUGUGUAUUUUAGUUUAACAUUUAAUAUACAUUACAUUGGUCUUGUUAAAGAGAUGGUAAAGCAAUGUGUUAGUAUCCUGACUCUGGGCAGGAUCUCUUCUUGGUCUCCGAGAUGGCUUGUGUUCCAAAUAGGUAGACAGGCCUACUGCUGUCUGAGAUAUAACUACAACAGCCCAGGUAACCCCUCCCACAAUUCCAGGCCACAGCCUUAAUAUAUAUAUUUAAAUUGUAAAAAAAGACUAAAGUCCAUCAAAUUCAACCCUGAAGCCCAAUCUUUAAUGCCAUUUAUCCAGAAGAAGGCAAAACACCCAGUUGUAGCCAUUUCCAAUUAUGGCACAAAAAUGGGGGGAAAUCCUUUUUGACUCCAUAAUGGCAAUCGGAUUGUAUCAAAGUAUCCUACCUGGAAGAAUAUACUCCGGUGUCUCAAUUUUUUUACGAAUGUCCUGAGAUAGACCAUGUUAUCCACCUUAAUGGGGAGUAUCGGGGCACCAGCUUGGAGUUGCAGAAGAUCAGGCUGUGCUGGGCCAGGAGAUCGGCUGCCUCUCCCUUCCAUAGCGCCUAACAGGCCUCCCUCUUAUCAGCAGAGAACUCUGAACGGCUGCAAAUGACCGCUGGAAGUACCCCCAAGCUGAUCGUUCGAUGCAGAGUAGAUAACUGGAGCAAACUGUAAGACUCACAAGGAGCUCCGUGAAAACACGUCCAGUCACCAUUACAAUCACACCUGCCCCUAUGACAUCCAUUUUAUUGACCUUCUGUUAGUUAAGGAACCGGCAGUAAUCACAUUGUAGUGGUAGGAGUUAAGCAUUUAGAACAAAUCAAAUCUUGUAUUCAGAAUAUCAUGUGGAUAUUUGUCACCCAAAAGUAAAAUACCAAUAAUAGUCACAUUAAGAAAUAUACCUUCUUCUUUGUCUUUACAGGAACAAGUAGGGUCCAUAAAAGAACGCUAUGAGCAUCGCCUUAUGUUAAAACAUCUUCCCCCAGAAUUCUCUGUGUUUCUCGAACAUAUCAUUGGCUUAGACUAUUUCACCAAACCAGAUUACCAGGUAUGUGAUAUUAACAUUGUUGUUGACAUUCAUGUGGCACGGUUUAUACAAAAAACUUAAUAUUUAUAUUGUACUCUGAAUAUUUUAUUGAUCAGUGGUCAAACCCUGACACUGAUAGUGAGCCAAAGCAUUAGCAGGCACAAAAUAGACUGUGAAAAUGUCCUUCUGUACCUUCCAUUCAGCGUUUAUUGAGGUCUGCGCAUCCUGGCCAAAACAAUACCCCACUGUACUAACUGUACCAUGUUAAUCCUUCACAAACACACAAUGUUAAUGAAAACCCAUUCAUUUUUUUGUUGUUUUUUUUUUAGCUGUAGAAUAGUAUUUUUAUUUUUCAUUUUAUUUAAUAAUAAUUCUUUAAAUGCUUUUAUAAAAAAGGUAGUUGAUUUAGACUCUGGAAACUCUUCUACUUUCCCAAGUAGUGUUAUAAAACUUUUACUGUAGCAUUUACUGAAAACUAAAGGAUUGUAAAACAUUUUUGUUUUAGUGAAACCGUAGUUUAGAUUUAUCAACGGUUGUGUUUUUUCACAGGCGCCACAGGUUGAUACAUUACUUGCUUUGUAAAUGUUAAGAUUUCCAUACUAAUGCUGCAGUGGUGGGACAGACGUUGCACUGGGCCAUGAAGUGAUGUGUCAUGCAGAUGCGCAGCAUUAAUUGUCACCUUUCAGUUGCCUAACAGUGAAUGUGAACUCCAAAAAAGAGACACUCCUUGAGUCUCAAACAAUUUACCUACAAUGUUUAUAAUAUGGUUUCAUUUUCUCACAGUGUUCUAACAAAAUACUGCAGUAAUAGUUUUACAUCUCAUCUUUGAAAUGAAGUAGAGUAAGAUUAAUGUAUUUUUUAUUUUUUUUUAAAUAUAGAUAUUUCCAUGAACAUAAACAAGUUUUUUGUUUCUUUUGCUGUCCGUUUGGCAUAGGAUGAUAAAACAGAGCGUAGCCAUUAUAUGGAAGAAGCUAAAUAGUUAGGUGGGAUCAUUUGAGGAAUACUGUAGUGUUACCGCAAUGCUAAACUUUGGCUCCAGAUGUUACAUAUAGAAUCCUUGUUUUAAAGCCUUUAUUUCUUCCCACGUGCAGCUCCUCGUGUCAGUCUUUGAUAACAGCAUGAAAACCUAUGGUAUUGUCGAAAGUGACCCCUUCGACUGGGAGAAGAGUGGAAUGGAUGGCUCUUUAACAACCACAACCACAUCCACUACGCCUCAACUUCAUACUCGCCUGACACAUGCUGCUAUUGGGUAAAUUAUAUAUAGCUGUGCACUUUGCCAAAAUUCAUACUGUUAUCUUUAAUGUAAACUGUUAGUGCGUUUGUGACUUACGUGUUGACACUUAGUGGGACGAUAGAAGAGACAAAUGUGCCUAAAGAUCUCCUUACUCAAUCCCAGCAUCCCAUGUGUUUCGUUUGCCGGAUCCGUGUCUCGGUGUACUCUCACACAAGCUUAAAACUACGAAACUGAGGGAAUGCAACUCCUUCACAGAGCUUCUCACCUGUUCUUGUCAGCCAUUGCAAGUACCAAUUGAUGGGAAAAGGACAAAUGCUCUCGGCAGAAAUUGAAGCUUCCUCAUCCCAUGCUUGUACAUAAGAUAAAGUAAUCUGCAAAUAGUCUUACGAUACCUUCCAAUGCAGUCUAUGAGUUUUUUUUAAUGAAGAUUCCAUCUUUAUGAAAAGCUCGGAAGGGACAGUGCCUCCUUAAUAUCUUCGUGCUUCUUCCUAAUUAAGGAAUUGCUAUAUGUGGAGGAGUGCUGGACCAACUGAUUUCAAUUGGAUUGUGGUUUCAUGGCCAAUGUCACCCUUCAUCUUGGAUAAGUGAAUGCUCAGCAUUUAGUACAUACUGAGGUGACCGUGACAUGUAGCCCUAGUGUAAGUGUUUUUGCCCAUUACUUUUUUUGCUUUCACACAAUCCUCUAAAACAGAUGGUUCAAGUGAGCUUUCUUAAUUAUUUAUAAGGAACCAGAUUCAGCAGAGAGGGUUUAUAAGCACAUAUAAGAAGUUACUCACAUUAUUUUAUAUAAGCAGUUCUAAAUGAAAUUUGAGGUUCCUGUUCAUUAGUGUUUGAAACACUUUCCUAUAAAAUGCCUAGCAAAGUGGCCUAGGAACUUAGUCUGCAGAGAUAAUGGAAGCCAAACAGUAGCGUGGGAGAAUUUGAUGUUGAUUUUUGUUAAUUCAGGUCUAAUAGUAGAAAUGCUUUUAUACUGAAUUGUGAGCAAUUAAAGAGUGAGACUCUAGGAUGGGAUUUUGAAAGUAAUUUGAGUAGAUUAAGAGCAGUUAGAGAAGCAUGGACUCUAAAGUUAGGCGAAGGGGUUUGGUAAUAUUCCCAUACACGCUCUCUUUGCCAAAUGCUAGUGAUUGAAAGCAUAGGACCUGCUAGAAUCUCAUGAAUCCAGGUUGGUUGUGAUGCAUUGACUUCUACCAACAAACAAUUUUUCAAACCAUGAACGUUUGUUUGUAAUGUUAAACACUAUCGCCUCUAAAUAUUUCAUACUCUCUGAAAUGGCUUAAUAUAUUAUCUCCUUUACAUUCAGAAUUGCGAAUGCCACACCAAUCCCCGGCGAUCUGUUACGUGAAAACACAGAUGAAGUGUUUCCAGAUGAACAACUUAGUGACGGGGAGAAUGGACUCCCAAUUAUUGUUUCCCCAGAGAAAAUCCCAGGGUCUCCCAGUCACCAGCGCACUCAGGAGAAGGAUGUCUGGGAGGAGAUGGAUGCCAAUAGAAAUAAAUUCAGAAUGGGUAUAUGCAAGGUAACAAAACUCUAGGUGACAGAUGUAUAUGUUUGAGAGUUUGAAAAUUAAACAUUUGGAUCAUCAAAGUGCCGAGAGUGCUUCAGUUUACUACAUGAUUGGAUAACAUUUGAUAGAAAAUGGUGGUUUGUUGAUGGUAGACUGUACCCUUCAUAUUUGUAACCCUUUGGUGUUUAGCAUGCCUACGAGGGUUAAGGCAGUGCUGGAAAAUAAUGGUGGCCACACAAAAUAUUGAGUUAUUUUGAGGGGACACUGUUAUACAGGCUGUACACUUACUACUUUACAUUGUAGAAGAGUGUUAUUAUUUCAUUGUUGUCACAUGAAAAGAUAUUGUAAAAUAUUUACAAAAAUGUGAGGGGUGUACUCACUAUUGUGAGAUACUGUAUAUCUCUAUGGUUAGAUAUUGUGAGAAAUGUCCUUCGCGCCGUGGAGAACCUUGUUUAAGAGUGAUAUCAGCCCUACUUUACUGGUGAAGCUUAUUAUAGGCUAAAUUGUACAUUUUGUGCAGAGAGAUUUAAGAAAAAUGAUCCUGGUGGGAAUGACACAAUAAGACAGACUGUUUGACCCUCUUUGUUCUAAGCUGAACUUGUCUGGCACACAAUCUGCUUUGAGUGGAGUAUAUACAUGUAGGUUUCCCCACACUAGCAGAGAUCCAAAUGUUAAGGAAUCAAAGCAUCUAAUUGUAAAUGUUAUUACUUUUGUUGAGAAAAACCUUUAGGAAACGGAUUCACUUUAUUAAAUAUUACCUUUCUCAUGCAUUGGAACAGACUAAACGAGGUCAUUUAACUCAUAAACUAUAUGCUUUGCAUUUAUGUAUAAAUGUGUUAUUGCAUCCAAGAGACUUGUAAACUAUUUAUGAUGCUUUGAUUUUUUUUGUUUUGUUUUGUUUUUAGUGAAUGUAUUCUAUUUGACUGUUUUUUUUUUUUAACCUUUUUUGUUGGUUUUAGGCUGCUACAGAGGAUGAACAUAGUAAUGGCCAUGUAAAUGGUGUACUAAAUGCACCAAGCCUAGGUUCUCCCAUCCGAGUUCGUUCAGAGACGACGCUGUUGGAUCGAGAUGUUCCCCUUCUGCGCAAGUUACGCACCAUUCAUAGCUUUGAGCUAGAGAAGCGUAUGACUCUAGAAUCAAAGCCUGAUGCAGACAAAUUUUUGGAAAAUUGGUAUGAAAAUGCCUUUAUUUGCCGUUAACCAAACCUGUAAAAUUUCCUUUCAAGUACUCAUUUUUAGAGUAUAGCAUUAGUAUUCUUUUCCAUUAAAAUAUUAAAAUAAAAUGACAAUACAUUUUUGAGUAGGUUGUGAUGGAGCAAAGUAGUUUGUUUGAAGGUUUUAAGAAUCUCCAAGUAAAAAUUAGUAAGGAGUGAUGUAAGCUUGCGUGUUACAGGGAAAAAAAGCUGACCUAUAUGAUUAUCAUGCAGGAAAUUUGGGUUAACGAGACCCCUACUCAAUAAAGCUUACAAUUUAGCAGCUAAUAAAACAAACUAAACAUUUAUCUCAGUAGGUAGGUAUACCCUGUAUUGAGUUAUCCAGUAGAGGACAUUGUGAACUGUCCCAUGAUUGUUUGUUUAUUGUUCAAAUUACACCUCAAAAAGGGAAUACAAAAAUAUAAACUGGCCCAUUUACUCUAUAGGGAAGAUCCUGUGUCUAGGUGAUGGUUGACCCACCACACUUGUGACACAUAAACAAAAGAUGUGGUAAAUUUUUCAGAGAGAUACUAUUUCCCCAACUUACUCAUGCCAGACCACAGAAAGCCACCUCUGUUUCUUGCAGGCAAUCUGGGUUCUAUAAUAAACAUAUUUUUCUUUAAAAAUGUCUCUAUUUAGUUACACGUUUGUUUUUUCACAGGGUUACAUUGGACAGUUUUCACAUAACAUACAUAUGCCCUCAAUAUGCCUUAUUGUGGUUUGCCAAAGUGGUUUGCAUUUUUCUUUCUUGCACAGUGUUGAGAGAAUUCAGAAAGAUGCACAUCUGAAGCAAACACCGGUCCCUGAUGGAUCUUCACCACCUCAACCUCGUAAAGUAAUUGCUGCUCCCACUGCAGGUUCUGCUGACCAUGUGUGGCAUUAUGAUGAAGAAUAUAUCCCUGCAGGUUCCAAGCCUGGUUCAGCCAGCUCCCCAGAGCACCUUGAAGGUGUUAGCAAUGGUUUUGUAGCUGUAAAUCUGAGCUCCUGCCGGCAGGACAUUGAUUCCAAAGAGUGGGUUAUUGUGGACAAGGAGCGCGACUUGAAAGAUUUUGGGACAAAUGGUAGUAGAGGUCAAAAGUUGACAGGAAGUCCAUCAGACGAAGAGCCAGAGGUCCUUCAAGUGCUGGAUGAUUCUCCUCAAGAAGGUCAACCAAACAAAGGCUUGUGGAGAGACAAUAAUAUCCAAGGCAAACCUGACCCUGCAGUUGGACUUGAUAUGAUAAUUUCUUCGGGCCCCUAUACUGAUAAAUUGGAUCUGAUGUCGGGAGCUGCUGGCCAGCUGCUUGCUGCCACACCAACUAGUCCGAUGGAAGCGCAAGCUGAAGGCGCACUUACUCCGGUAAGAUGAGAUUCCAGAAUUAUAUUAACCAGUUUCUUUUUUACACAACCAGACAAGAAAUUGCAGGGUUUACAGUUUCUUGUUUUCAGUUAUGGAUUCUGUGACAUGGUAAGUUAACUUCCAAAAUUGUCACAUUUCAGAUAACAUACUUGUAUCUGGUGGUUUAUUUUUUUAAAUAUUUAUUUUUUUAAUUUUUAUUUAAGUCCCCCCUCCCUGCUUCUUCCCUGGCCAGGGAGGGGGGGAUAUGGACUUCCCUGGGGGGGCCCAGCACACUCUUACUUACCUUUCCAGCAGCUCCCCUAACUCUCUCGGCCUGUUGCUUUGGUAACCCGUGGCAACGCUCUGACUGCCACGGGACUCGCGAGUGUUAGACAGGGGAGCUGCUGGGAAGGUAAGUAAGAGUGUGCUGGGGCCCCCCCGGACCCUGAUGGCGGCCCUGAUCUGCAUUAUCGGUAUCUUAAUUGGCUGAUACCGAUAUUGCCGAAAAUACAGAAUAUCGGCCUAUAAUAUUGGCCAGACUGAUAAUGGGUUGAUCCCUAUUUAGGACCCAGUCUCUUAUCAAGGAUGCCUGGCACUCCAAAUGUUGAGGAGUGCAUCCCUCUGAUGCUCUGCCAGUAUUAUAGCUGUAAGCGAUUUUUGGGAGACCUGGUCUACAACAUCUGGAGUGCCGAGGGCCCUAGUAUAGGCUAUGCAAUUUACUUUUUUUAUAGUCAAAACAGGGCAAUACAUUUUCGAUAAUGUUCUUAGAGCCUCAAAGCUGGCAAAGCAUCAGGGGAGAUGUAGUCCACAACCACAGUAGCGUCAAAGGUUUAAAUUUUAAUAAAAUAAAUGCCAAGCUUUAAAAACAUCUUUGUGUAUUAAAAACAUAUAGACUUAAAGGAACACUAUAGGGGCAGGAAUACAAAUGUCUAUUCCUAAACCAUUAUUGUUAAAAACAAUAUUUAGGUACCCAGUCCCGCUUGCCCCCUUAACCCCUUAAGGACCAAACUUCUGGAAUAAAAGGGAAUCAUGACAUGUCACACAUGUCAUGUGUCCUUAAGGGGUUAAAUAAGUAGUUUACUCACCUUUAUUUCAGUGCUGUGCAGGUCUGCCGGAACUGGCUCUGCACCAGUUAGCCUUCUUUGCUGACAUCAUCAGAAUGUAUGAUCUCAGCCAAACCAAUGCUUUCCCAUAGGAAAGCAUUGGAUUGGCUGAAAUAGUCAAUUCUGAUGAUCCCAGCCAAGGGGGUGUGGUGGGUGCAGAGCCAAACAGCCCUGGCCAAUCAGCAUCUUGUCAUAGAUAUGCAUUGAAUCAGUAACAUAUAUACAGUUCAUAUGGGCUAACUCUAGCUGUAGGAAUUAAUUGGAGGAUAAUUACAGUCUCCAUGGGAAGGGUGACAUGUUUUAUCCCAUUUCAUUCUUGGUGAAUGUAUGAACAUUGUAGGUAUCUCUUACUAAGGUGACCUUUCCCAUGGAGUUGGUUAGUUGGUUUCUAGUCCCACGGUAAGUCCACCGCAUAUAAUGUUGCGAUCACUGCUGCUUCAUAGUGAACUGUAGCUUUUAUAUGAUCGUUCUCCUUUAGCGAAUUGUUCUAGCACUGAGUAGACCGUUAAAAUAUCUUAAUGUGUAAACGAACGCCUUUCCUUUACUGGCAAUCAUGCAAUCUUGGUCUACAGGCCGCAUUUACUCUAAUUUCUUGCGGAUGCUAGCAUUCAUGCACGUUAUUGUUUUGUUUCCCCAAUCAUGGCAUAUUCUCACAGUUCGAUGCUUCUCACAUCCCGUUUUCCUCAACCUCGAGGCUUCCAGGCAAUCCUUUGCGUCUCACCACCCCCAUAGCUUCCCAGUCCAGCCGCUCAGAGUCCUCUCACAGGAAAGAGGCCUGCCUUCCAAAGAGUCAGUCCGCCGAGAGCUACUCCUCUUCCUCUCGCUCAGCCAGUCGCAGGAAGCUGCCCGUCACACCAAAUAACGGUGCCAAGUACCCCUCUGUAAUUCGAAUAUCUAAAUCUCAGGUGAAUAACUCCAUGUCUUCAUAAGUCAGUCCUCAUUCUGUCUGUGGAUGUAAGGCUUGUCGUGUCCGGGGUUCAUUAACAAUAAUUACAUGCAUGUUACAAGUACCCAAACAAGAGAACAGCAUUGUAUCCGGCACGUAAAGAUUUUAUUUCAGGGUAUUCAAGCUUGCAGAUAAAUAGAUUGCUGUCAUGAAAUUAUUUAAUUGAAAUUGAACUAUUCCCUUCUCAAGGCCACAGUACCUGUUGGGGUGAUCUGGUCAGCUUUUUUCUCUCAGUUUUUAGAAAAUAAACUUUAUCCCCGUUAGAGAAGGAGUUAGAUCCAUAUUUUGCUGUUUUGUACCAUACACGUUCUUCUUCUUGGUAUGUUCAGAGCAUUACUUGUCUAAAUAUUCCUGCAGAAGGACCCUGCAGGAGCAGCUACCAAACCAAACCUACAUGUAGGCCGAUGUGUAACAUAGCAAUGGCUUUAGGUAUUUUGAGCUAAUUAAGCCAAGUUUGUUGCUGUCCGUGCCACGCGACACUCUGGGUGACCCUAUUCUGCUGUUAGUCGGAUUUAGUUUCCUUAUUACUCAGAAUUCACAUCUGAGAGCUCUCCCAGGACUAACCUCCUUGGCCAUCUUAUCACACUUAGUCCGUUACAUUUUAUAUUUUCUUAAAGGUUCUUUGCUCUCUUUAUAGGGUUUGUUUUCCUACCACUGAAAUGUAAAAUCCCCAAAUCCCCUUUCUGACAGAAAGUAGUGAGAGUUAUUUUAUUCAUAUUAAAGUAAAUGAGGGAAAACAGUACAUGAGUACCGACAAAUUCAUUGCCAUCUGUCUGUUCUCUUCCCCCUAGUGGCUUUCUUAGAAACUGCUUUAGUUGUCUCUUUUUAUUCUGGUAUAAUUGUCUUGUAUAGAAUAAAAUAGGAAGGAUUCUGCUAGGAAAAGCACAGUGCUUAACUGUGUAUAAAGAAAUUCAAAUAUAUUGGUUCAAUUGGCCACUUACAAUUUGAUUGACCAAUUCAAGCCUUCAGUAAUGCCGAAGAUAUCCCUCCAGUGUAUCCAGAUAGGUUUCCUCUUCAAUGCAUUGGACCAUGGAUGUUAAAAGUAAAAAGUUAAAAUGCAAGGUAAAGUGCAAAGAUGAAUUCAUUAACUUACAUUUAAGUUUAAAACCCCAAGUGUACUGGUAAAAGCAUAAUCAACUACCAGGCCACCAAACCUACGCGUUUCAUCCAUCCGGAGACUUCUUCAGUGAUGGUAGCUGUGUAUAUACACCCAAAAUCAAAACUAAUAAAAACAACAAAAUAAAAAAAAAACACCCACCCUUCCCCGUUUAAUCCCCUCUGGUUGUCCAUAGUAUGAUCCUAUAUGUUGUUCAUGUUGACAUCUGGUUCCAAUCCUCUUGUCUAUACUUCCUGAUUUGGCCUCUUUUUCACAUCAUCGCACUUGGAACGUGGUGACGUCAUGUGUUCUAAGCGUGCGUCCCAUGUAAAUAGGCCUUGGUGACUAUAAAAGCUUGUAUGUGUUGCUCCACCCUUGAGACAUUAUUGCACUAGAUUCGCGAUGUCUUUUGCGUUCCGGAGUGUGUUCCAUUUGGGUGCAAUAUUGGAUUUGACUUGUGUUCCAACUCCCAAGCGGGAGGAUAGAACACCAUACUCAGAGCCUCAGUCCUCAGAGCAUGUGUGGAAGAACAUAGUAGGGGAUGGGUGUAGAGAAUGGAUCAAUAUAUUGGAAAGCGUAUAGAAUAAAACAUACAAACCUAGAGAUCCCAUAUCUAUUAAAAAUGUAGAUGCAAUCCUGCUUGCCUUUAAACGUAGGGUAUAUGAAAAAUAAAAGUAUAUAUACAUUUUUUUAUUUUUUUUUAAACUAUAUAUCAAAACUCCUUUAUUUCUAAAUCACUAAAAAUAAUUAAAGUAAUUUAAAAUGGUAAGGUGCUGGCAGUACAUAUACAGAUGUAUAAAACAACAAGGUACAAUUCUCCCUUCUAAUUUUCUACAUGUCCUCCCCACAUAUUGUUUCCCACGGGGACAUUGUAACAUCUACAUCACAUUUUUCUCGUUACAAUUAAUAUUUGAUUGUAUCAUUUUUUUUUUACCCUGUUAUUGCACUUCUAAAUUGUUUUAUUUUAAUAAUAUUUUGGUUUUACAGGCUUUACAAGCAUUCCUACAUUUAAAACCUUUAAUUUCUUUUUUUUAACAGAUUAUUUGGUGGUAAGCGCAGGGCUAAAAUAUUUUUUAAAUGUUUUAUUUUUCUGUAGAAUGCUGGUGAAUAUUUUGGAAGAAAUGGGCCUAAAACAGGAUUUCUCAAUAAAAUAUUUGAAUGUUUAUAUAUACUAUUUUUAACCUGUUGGUUCUGUGAGCGGAAAUGAGUAAUAAAUGCAAAUUUAAAAUCGUCUUUGUUUUUUAGCUUUUUUUUUUUUUUUUAUUAGGUCCUUUCUAUUUAAAAUGCGGACUGCUUUAUUCUCUUUAUCCAGGAGAGUGGCAUUCACUUCUUUCGCAAAUGUUGUGCUUGUUCUGCAUAAUCCGGAUCUUUUAAACAAUUUCGUCUUAUACUAGGUAUUGUCCUCAGCCAAUUGUUGUGCUGGCUGCUCUUUGUAUGUAAGAAACUGUUGCCCUCCAUUUUUAAACAAAUUAUUAUUAUUGUUCCUAAAGUAAGAUCAAAUUACGCAGCACUGUACAAUAGGUGGACUAAUGGACAUGUAUUUGCAACAAAAUAAGUUGGACACACACGAACAGAGGGUGCUGAGGGCCCGGCUCGAACGAGUUUACAUCCUAGUGGGAGUGGGGUAAAGUGCCACAAGAGGUAUGGGAAAAUGUAGGUCGCUAGAACAAUGAAGGGUUAGUUUUUUUUUAGAUGACACCAUUCCAGGAGAAGAAGAAGAAUGGGUGACCAAGGUGCGGGGAGGCAUGGGAUGUGCUGGAAGACAGGAAGAUCAGCCUUGCGUUCACAUUUAUUAUAGAUAGUAAUGGGGCCAGUUGGUAUGGCGUAAGACCAUUGAGAAGCAGAUUAUAAUAGUUAAGGCACGAGAUAACAGCAUUUAGACUGAAUUGUUUCCCCUUCUACAUAGAAAGUGAUACCCCAAAAAAAUCAAUGUAAUUAAUGCCAUAUAUGUGAGUGAAUUUUAAAACCAUAUUGAAUUACAUUUAUAGACUUUAAAAAUGUGUGUAGUUCUUUUCGAGUCCUUUUCCAUCUUAACAAAAUGUUAUCUAUAAAGCGUUUCUAGAAGACCAGGUUUGCAACCCAGCCAUAUCCCCCAACACGAAGUUGGAUCAAACAUGGUCUCACUUUGCCCUUUUUUUUUGCAAGUAAAAAGUGCUAUUAGGCAUUUAAAUGGAUUAAGCAUUAUAUAAAUAGAAUCUCUAAAAUUGCAUGAAACCGUAUUAUCCUCUAACACAAAGUGCCUAAAUUGUGUUUUCUGACCGUGUUAAGGCCGGUUACAUCAAUUGUGACCCAUAUAAAGUCCCUUUCCCAUUUUUUUUCUUCCAUUAUUACCAAAAUAUGGGAGGAAUCCUUUAAAUUGGAAUGUUCUUUUUGUGCAUAUUUUUGUGAUAGUCAAUAAACUCAGAUAUAUGUGCUGUAAUUGAUUUAAUCCCACUAAUAAUUGGGCGCCGAGGGGGUUCUUCAGAAUUUUGGGGUAAAAAGUACAAAAUCGGAAUCCGAUGUUGAUUAUAAAGGUAUUCUAUAUUAUUUUUAGACAUUCAUUUAUUUUUUUCCUAUGAGGCGAAAUUAGUAGGGAUUUUAAAGCUUUGUUUAAUAUUUAAGUAGGGUAUUGUUCCAAUCUCCCAGAAUUCGGUUUGCCUCCUUGAGGCAUUAUUUCAUCAUAUGACUAUUACACCGCAUUUAUCAGCUUACUUUUAUUGUAAUGUUGUCCAUGCUUUAUAAUAUUGACAACUUCUUUAUUUAAUUUAAACUUGUUCUUACUAUUUUUCUGCUUUGCCUUUAUCUUUUCUAUAUCAUAGCUAAUACCUUUUUCUCCGAUGAUGACCUUUUUUUCCAAUGAUGACCUUUUUUUCCAAUGAUGACCUUUUUUGUCCAUUUGGAGAAAAAGGUGAUUUAUUUAUUUUUUAACCUUUCUUUUUCUGUAUCACUCUCCUCAUUUUUGGAAGGGAACUCCUCUACCUUUUUGUUUUUAAGGAACCACUUUUUUGAGGGUAUUUUCCUUAUGUAUUUUUUGUAGGUCUAUAUACGUCUCAAAUGUAUUCAUUGUUUUAUUGGGUGCAAAUGUAAGACCUUUUUCAUGUGCCUUUUAAGUUCUCAACAGUUAAAUCAAUAUUAGUUAGAUUAUAGAUACCCAUUCCUUUUCUAAUACCUUCUUCUUCCAUUUUCCUUCCUUCAGAGACUGUCUCUGACCAUUUUGGUUUUGGUGGAGUGUCCACUAAGUCCGCUAGAGGGACAAAUUUGUUCUCCCACUGGUUGUUGCAUGCUUUGAAAAAAUCUGUUAUUCGUUCUUCUCUUUGGUUUGCCUUCCUCCCGAAAAAAAACGUUCUUCUGUGUCCAUAAGCUUUUUCCAAUUUACCUGCUGCCUUUGCAUAGAAUUUUCUAAUUUCAGAGUGGUGAGAAGUAGAUGGUAGACUGGAAUUAGGUGAAGAGUAAAUGUCUUCAUGAAUAGAUUCUCCGAUUAAAAACCCUAGUGAAAACCUUUAUUUUUCUAUUUAUCUGAGUGGGGGUUGAUUUUCCAAAACCUUUAUUGUUAUAAUUAGAUCUCUUAGAGGUUUUUAAAAGUCUUUUUAUACUUAUUAUGGAAAUAACGUAUCUGAUGGUAUUUAAAAAGAUUAUAGUUUUUUAUCAAUCCAAUCUCUGAGCAUUUUUUAAAUUGUUUGGCUCUCUAAUUUUAUCUUCUAAUUAUUUUACUUUGAUUUCCUGUUCCUUUUCUCUAAACUUUGGAGCAUCCUCCUGUGUUUCUAGGGUUUUCGAUCUUCUCCUCAAUAACCUGUCUGUUUUUUUUCUCUCAUAUUCUAUUAACAACUUUAUGAGGCUUUGGGAACAAUUUCCUAAAACUUCAUCCCAUCUUCUUAUGAAUUCUAUAUUAUAUCAAUACCACAUGUUGGAGUUUUUCCCACAUUUAGACCCCUAGGAAUUAAUCCUUAGGAAUAUCCUUUUAAAUAUAUCUCCUACCAUUUUCUGGUUUCUUUCUUCAUCAAUCUUUCUAAUUUGAGAAAAUAAAAAUGGUAUUUUAAAGUUAUAGUCUCCUGUCUUUUAAAGAACAUAUUCUCGAAUCGAGAUUUUCUACCUCUUUGAAUAUUUAGAAGGUUAGUUGUCAUUAUUUAUAAACAGGUGUGGAAGUUGUGAGGAAAUAAAACAAUAGUGACAAUAACUACCUGAUCACAAUCACAAAAAUGUCCCCAAAAUAGGAUGAUAAUACAGAAGGUCCACCUUGAAGAUUUCCUCUGAUCUUCAGAUAGACAUAUAGAACACAAUAGGGGUGAUUCUGCUCAAAAAGGUGAGAAAGGCACAUCAUAGUGCUUAACUGUGUACAAAUAAAUACAAAUAUAUUGGUUCAAUUGGCCACUCAACAUUUGAUUGACAUUUCAAGCCUUCGGUGAUGCUGAAGAUAUCCCUCCAGUGUAUCCAGAUCAAUCCCCACUUCAAUGCGUUGGACCAUGGAUGCAAAGAUUGUAGUGCAAAUGGAAGAUAAAGUUCUGAAGAUUAAUUUAUUAACUUACAUUUAAGUUUAAAACAGGAAACAUAAUGGUAAAAGCAUAAUGAAAUACCAGUCCAUCAAUCCUACACAUUUUAUUCCUCCAGGAACUUGGUCAGGGUAGUAGCUGUGUGUAUACACCAGUCAAAACAAUAAAAAACUUAAAUCCAAAAAAUAAAAACCACCCACCCCUCCCCCAUUUAAACCACUCUGAUUAUCCAUAGAAUGAGCCUAUAGGUUAUUCUCUUUGACAGAAGGUUCCAAUCCUCUUUUGUCUUUACUUCCUGAUUCAGCAUCUGUUUGUCGUCAUUGUGCUCUGAACGCGAUGACGUCACACGUUCCAAGCGUGCGUUUUAAUGAAGGAAAACCGUACAAGUACAUGAGUAUCGAGAAAUCCAGUGCCAUCUGUCUGUUCACUGCCUCCCUAGUGGCUUUCAUGGAAACUGCUCUAGUUGGCACUUUUUAUUCUGGUAUAAAUAUGUCUUGGAAAGAGACUUGGGUAAAAGUAGCACGGUGUAGAUCUCUAUAUGUCUUCCUUUUCCAAUAAAACGAAAGAUAAAAUCCCAAGAGUUAGUGGAAAGUGAAAGUCUCCAUAUGUUCUUUUAUUCUGGUGCUGGACCAAUCGGCACCCAAACAGCUCCUCGCGCCGUCUGGCCAUGAAAUGCAUUUAUCCUGGCUUUCCCAUCCCUGACGCAAUGUUUCAUAAUAGCGCUGCACUCCUUGCUAUAAUAUAAAUGUGUUUAUAUAUGUUUAAUAUUUAUAUAUGUUUUUGAAAGUGUUUUACGACGAAGAAUAAAUGCUAUACCCUGGUACGCCCCACUCGAUCAGCUUUUAUAAUGGGCUUUGUACUGUGAAAAACAUUUAAAUAACAAAAAAACACCACUGUCUUAAGAGAAAAGGCCCUGCUCAACCUCCCUAUGGACGGCCCUGACCCAGACUCUGAAUCCCAUACUAAUAUUUAAAAGACUAUAGGCAGGGCUAAAAUACUCUAUUUAGGGAGUCAAGAAAACCAACAUUUUUGGAAGAAGACUAUGCAUUUUUGACCGUAAUAGAUGCUCUUUUGAAACCUAGCUAAAUAUCUCUAAAACCAAAGUCAUGUAAAGCAGUCUAACUCCGGAUGUUUGCAGAGGGUAAGCCAACCUGUCACAUGAUUACUUACCAGUAAUUGCCACAGAAGAGUGUAUUGUAAACAUCGGCAAACAAUUAACUUCAUUUUAAUGGCAGUGUCCCUUUAACGCCUUCAUUAAUUAGUCAAACUAUUAUGAGAGUUUGAAAAUAAAAGGGACUGACACUUUGGCAUACAAUAUGUCUGGUUUAAUAAUUUGGUCUUGUUAAAUGUUUCCAUCAAAUAAUAUUUUUAAAAACGUGGUAAUGUUGAAAGUACUGUGUGUGUGUCUUUAAAUGUAUAGGUGAAAAAUUGAAUCCGUGAUCUCAGUCUUGUGCUAUUAUUAAUAUUAUGUACUAGUUAUUGACAACUAAAUGCUGCUUUUUUCUAGUUGAAAAUGUUUGACAGAUAAAUUUAUUGGCACUUAGACAGUGAGUUACAUAGAGAACCGGUGUGAUAGCUCAGCAGUUAGCCCUCCAACUUCAGUAUCUGAGAGUUGCAGGUUCGAUUCCCAGCAAUUUCAUCUCAGCCUUUCGUCUUCUGAGGUCAGUAAAAUGAGUACCACUGAGUUGGGUAAUAACAUAGAGACCCCGGGAUGUAUAGUGACAGUUUCAUCAUGGGGGCUAGAUGAUAUUGAAUUAAAUAUAUUAUUUCUACAUUGCUAUACUGUAUCUGGUACUGAAAAAGCUUGUAUUGCUUUGAAAGCAGGGUUGACAGCAGGUAACUCUCCACAUGUUCGCUACCUGCAACAGGUGAAGCAGUUCUACAACAGCUGGGAAGCUGCCUGUUGACUACUCUGAGAAUAGUUUGAUAUUUUAAGAUUACUUUGCAUCUCUUCCUCUAGGCUUCCUAAGGUUUGAAAAUAAUAUGAAUAGUUUGAGGUAUGCACCUUGACACUUUAUCCAUUUAUUAAUGUGCUUAAAGGAACACCAUAACCACUACAGCGCCCUAUAACCGCCCUAUAGCGGUUAUGGUGCCAGGAGUGCCCUGAAGCCCACCCCGAUGUAGAUAGUAAAACCAUUUUAGAGCUCCUGCUCUGGCUGAGAUCAUCAGUAGUGGUGAUCUCAGCUAAUCCAAUGCUUCCCACGGAGAAUCAUUGAGGGCUAUUUUGCAUGUGAGGAAAUUUCCACGCUGCGCCAAUCAUUGAUUCAGUGAGACUGAAGAAGCUGAACGAUGGUUCUGUAAUGUUUGUAGGACCGCAUAAAGUGAGUUAACUUUAUUGCAGUAUAGACACUAAAAAUCUCGUCUUUUUUUUCAGCCCAGAUUGUAUUAUGCAAUCUUAACUGGUACAACAGAAGGUUUUAAAAAUCGCAUCCUUUUUGGGCAUUUUAAAAAUACAUUAGCCACUUUCCAAUCCCUUUUUAAAAAGAAGUAUCCCAAAAAUAAUAUAAAACCCCAUGUUCUAUAUAAUUAGUAUGUGUGGAUAAAGCAGUGUAAAUAUGCUAAAGAUUUGUGAUGCCGCAUAUUACUAUAAGAACCUGGGAAUGGAGGUCGAGUUACAAUACGGGAACACAUCAUUCAGGUUGAUGCUCAUUUGUGGGAACAGACCCAUCUUGUUCACGGAGCAUUGACCAUAAGUUGUUUGUAGCAUAAUUUAAUUUCCUUAAAUUUAAUUUUACAAUUAAAAAAAUGAUCACUUGUUACAUGUAAUUGGUUUGAUUCCCCUGACAAAUCAAAAGGUUAAGAAUUAUUUCCUGGGGUUAAUCCAUAUGAAUGUGCAGUUUAAAUGUUGACAUGUUAAGAGAUUGCUCAUUAUGUGCAGAGAAGCAUAUAAAUUUAUAACGAAGUUUAUAAUCUGCACUUUUAAGGCUUUAUUUCACAAAGAAAACCCAUAUCUGCCAAUGCAUGGUAGCGUGCUUCAUAGUAGUAACCUUUGUUGGCCACAUGGUGGCACUUGCAAGUUGUAGCAAUGCUCUGACAUUUACAAACACCUACAAUUCAGUGUCACGUGCAAUCGCUGUAUUAAAGGUUUUACUAUGUUUCAAACUUUGCUGUACAUUUAUUAUUAAAAGUAUUUUGUUCUAGAUUUUAGUGUAACUUCCCUUUUAAAGAUUGUCACAAAUACGCUAAACCAAUAACCCUCCAGUAGAUGCGUGAUUUCACGCACACAUUCAGGAAAGGCAGAAGACAUUAUUUCUUAGAAUCUUUAAAUUGGUGGAAAUCUUAAUACAAACCGGUCCAGGGUGCCAGGAACGGCGUUAAGCAAGAAAUCCCUCAGGAUCUCUUCUAGUGAAAGAGCCACCUUAAUAUUGGCAUCUCUUUAACACUUGUGUAAUAAUAAAAUAGAUUGGUUGUGUUUUGUGCAAAUAUCUAUCAUUUUUAUUUUAUUCAUGGAUUUGCUUCUGUCUUUAUUUUAUUUUGAAAUCUAGAUGACGAUACCUCGUCCUUCAGUAACAUCCACACAGUCUGCUUCAGAAAGCUUUCAGUGUGCCCAGAAUUUGGAAAAGAGAGAUCGGGACUCCCAUGUUCUGGAAGUGUUCUCACCACAAGAAACCGAAAAUGUUUUGGGUAUUAGCAUAAACAAAGCAGAUCUGGAGCUGCGCUUAACUAGCCAGGAAAAGUCAUGUGUCAAAUCCCAAGACUCAGGCCAAGCAAACUUUGUUAAUGAGUACGACCAAAUGUUGCAUGAGAGGAACAGCGCCAGUUCGCCUGUAAAAUCUCAUUUAGGUUCUCAGACUGGUGUGACGGAGGCCAUGAAUGAAGAAAGGAAGGGUCUAAAUUCACAUGGAUGUUCUCCCAAGCACUAUCAAUCCUCACCGGAUGUUAUGCCAUCUGUUAAUCAACCUUUCGAGUCAAGGACUUUUUGCACAUUGCCAAAUGAAGAUUCGGACCUAGAAAUACUGAAGCCAGAAGCUACUGAGGCCACUAAGCAAGAAGUUGAUUUUGUGGAACUUUGUACAGCAAGUUCUUGGGAAGGUCAGCAAAAUGGUUUCCAUGAAGUAAAGGAUGUUAGUGCUGCUAAUGGAUUUCUUGACCACAGAGUGAGCUUGUCCAUGUUACUGGAUGAAGAAAGCGACAAAGAUCAGAAAUGCCUAAAUAACGGAGAAUUGUUGGACUUGAGUGAUGGAUUUCAGAAAAGUAAAAAAGAUCUCACAAAGCCAUCUUUUACAACCAGGCAGAGCAGAAUUCCAGUUUUGGCUCAAGAGGUUGAGACAACAUCAGAGUCCUCUUCUCCAAUCUCUGCAAAGGAGAAGCUUCUUCUAAAAAAGGCGUACCAAACCGACCUUGCACGGCUGCUAAUGGAGAAACGACAGAUUAAAUCAUUUCUCUGUGACCUCUCAAGUGCCUCUGACAAAUCUCUUGAGGAAAAGUCUUCUCCGCAAGUCCCACCUUUGUCAGAAGAGAAUAUCCUUCUCUCCAAAUCGGCACUGGAUGCACAUAUUCAAAGGUCGUCCGAUGAUGGAAUUUUGGCAUCCCACAGCCCACAGAUGAGGAAGAGCAAAAUACCACGUCCAGUUUCCUGGUCCAGUAGUGAUCAGCUCAGUAGUUCUCCUUCAACUCAGUUCCUUCCAAGACCACCACCUGGAAAACCGCCUACCCGACCAGGGGUGGAAGCACGGUAAAGACUUGGUUAAAAAAUGUUUUUGUUACAAUAAUAAUAACCAUCAUAUUUUAUUUAAAGGGACACUCUAGUCACCAAAAGAACUUUAGCUUAAUGAAGCAGUUUUGGUGUAUAGGUCAUGCCACUGCAGUCUCCCUGCUCAUUUCGCUAUUAUUUUUAUGUUUUUGUUUAAAUAGCCCUAGUCACACCUCCCUGCAGUUGACUUACACAUCCUUCCUAAAUACUUCCUGUAAAGAGUCAUCUAAUAUUGUUUAGAUUAGAAUUUGCUAGACCCUGCAAAACACCUCCUUUGGAUGUAACUGACAUAGCCUGCAUGACAAAAAUGGUUUCACUUUCAAUCAGGUGUAACUUACUUUGAAAGUUUGGAGUUAAAUCACUUUGUUUCUGCAGCCCUUGCCACAGCGGCUAGUGCUGCAGAAAAAAAGUGAUCUAACUCCUAAAUUGCAGAGAAUUGAGCAGUGAAACGGCAUGCUCUAUACACUAUACAAAACUGCUUCAUUGAGCUAAAGUUGUUAUAAAGACUGUAGUGUCCCUUUAAAUAAAAAAAGUUGCUUGCAUUUAAAAUAUCCUACUGGAGCACUAUUUAGUCAGGCCCUCCCUAAUCAAUAAGAGACUACUUUCCAAAUAAUUACGUGUCCAGCGCUCAUCAGAUAGGAGAGUGGAGCUACUCUGUGAUAUAAUAUAUUUUACAAAGUCUAGUUCACGGUUUAAUAUGCAUGGCUUUGUUGAGUCCUGGUUGGUGCAUGCUUGGCUCUCUCCAGUGAGAAUAGGGAGCUGAGCUCAAGUUGUGCAUGUGCACACGACACCAAUGUCUUGGACUAAAUUUACCUGAGAGAGCCAGAAGUGAGCAUCUACUCUUCCUCACUGACAGCUCUGGUGUGUUAUAAAUUGUAGUGAUAAGCCAGUUUUAGUGCUAGGAGUUAGUUCUUCGUGCACUUUACCCAAUUGCCUUUACAAUUAUUAUUAUCAUUCCUGGCAUUUAUAAAGCGCAAACAUAUUCCGCAGCGCUGUACAAUUAUGGGAGGGGAAAAAAAAACAUACAAUACAAAGGGUAAAGAAGGCUCUUCAUGUGAGCUGAUAUCUAGCCAUUAAAUCUCUUUUAUACUAAGUGCUUAGGUAGCCCAAGAGCUUACGAUGUAAAGGUUAAAAUGGGGAUUGGAGACCCGUAGCAGGGAGAAUUUAGAAGUGAUGGCCAGAGGGGAUUAACAGAAAGUGUCAGCUAGUGGUAAAAUGUAAUUUACUAUUAUCCCAAACAGCUGGAGUCGUGAUGCGUGCUAGCAUGGCCGUUUAACUAAACCUUAGAACUAAGUAGCUGUGUUUUCUGGAUGGGGAAGAGAUGUCCCCACCAUCCUCACACAAUGACACUAUCUGUUCCUCCCUGUUCCACCACUACCCACUUAACCUCACAGAUCUGUGCCAAAAGGUAUGCAACCAACUUCUUUGAAGACAAGUGCAUUUUGUUAAUUAGUUUAUUUGUUACAGAUGAUUGUGUUAACAUUCAUAUUUGGUUUGUUAACUCUCUAACAGAAGAUAUUUAUUCUUAAGCUAUUAAUUAUUAACCUCAACAGAAGAUACACUUCAGUGUAGUUAUUCUGGUAUACUGCUAUAUUCUGGGGUAGAUGUGUUCCAUAAUUAAAUGUAAAAAGAUGAGAAUAUAUAUAGUUUAAAAAAAAAAAAAAAAAAGUAGCAGAAAAUGUACUUUUGGUAAGAUUUUCAAACAAUGUAAUAUUUUUAGAUAAACUUCAAAAAGAUUUUUUUUCGAAAUAUUACUAUAUCAAAAAAGUUAUCAUAUAUAAAAACAAUUACAAUAUUUUUCAACAUAUUGAAUAAUUGUAAGUUGUAGUUUAUUAAAAAUAUUAUUUCAUUUGAAAAACUUACUGAAAAAUAUAUAAUCAAGGCCAGAAUUAGGGUUAUAUUUUUUUUUCAAAAAAACUGAUGCCUGCAUAUAUCUGCAUAUAUUUGUAUAUGUAUUUUAAUUAUUCUCUCUCUAUUUCCUCUGAAGGAUGCGCAGAUACAAAGUUUUGGGUUCUGGAAACUCUGACUCAGACCUCCUCUCCCGACUCGCUCAGAUCCUUCAGAAUGGAUCCCAGAAAACCCGCAGCUCCUCUCAGUCUAAAAGCCCAGGAUCCCCCCAUAGUCCUAAAACUCCUCCUAAAAGCCCUGUGAUACCCCGGCGCAGUCCAAGCGCCUCACCACGCAGCUCUUCUUUACCGAGAACCAACAGUUCGUCCUCUUCGAGAGCUGGACGACCUCACCACUAUGAUGCCAGGAGCUCCUCCCCACAUGUAGGCCGCAGCAAAUCACCCCCCAGCCUCUCUGGUUCAUCUUCUUCACGAAGAUCCUGCCAGCAGGAUCAUUGCUACAGUAAACAGAGUAAAAACAUAUCAAAGGGACCGGGCAGCGGUCACCAUUCCACAGGAAGCAAAACCAGCCGUGGAAAGUCUUCUGCUCGGGAGGUCAAAGUGUCCAGUAAACUUAGCAGAUAG